AUGGAUGAACCCGGCCGGAGGAAACCUCCAGAUGACGGCCCAGACCAUCCCCCGGGGACUGUCGAGUUGCUAUCCCGUCGCAAGUAUAUUCAAGAUGGACAACUGGUUUUGAUCCCAGAGCCUUCUGAUGAUCCGGAUGAUCCCUUGCUAUGGCCCAAGUGGCGCAAGGCCUGGAACUUUGCUUUGCUCGUUGCCAUGACGCUGCUUAUAUUCACCGGGCUGUCCACCCAAUCGAUUUUCAUCUCUCAGCUACGGAAAGAUCUACAGGCGACAAACGAAGAUCUCAUCAAUUCGAGGGCAGUCGAGCAUACUGGGGAGGCCCUAGGGUGCAUCCUGUUCAUCCCUUUUGCUACAAAGUAUGGUAGACGCUCGGUAUAUAUCGUCUCGAUUGCCGUCUAUGUGGUGGCGGCUUGGUGGUUUGCCAACAUGACCACGACGCAGGAGCUCUACAUAACCAACGCCCUCAAGGGCUUUGCCGCCGCAAUCAACGAGACAGCCGUUCAGAUGAGCAUUCGCGACAUGUUCUUCCUCCACCGGAGGGGUUCUGCCAAUGCCCUUUAUCACUUCGCCCUCUCGACGGCGUUUUCCCUCAUUCCCAUGGCUGCUGGCGCGCAAGCGACGAACUUCGGAUGGCGGGCAUCCGCAACGACGCAAGCCGCGACCAUGACGGUCCUUUUCGUCUUCUUCAUCUUCUCAUUCGAGGAAACAAAAUUCGUUCGCGAGACUGGGAAAAAAAUCUCGGAUGAUUCCGAGAAGGAUAACAAUAGCACCGUUGGCCUCGUACUCGAUUCGGACCGUGCCUUGCCUCGAAAACCAUUCCCACACUACCUCAGACUCCAAUUUCUUACCACUACCGACGAAUCGCUCUGGAAGAUAUUUUACUACCCUAUACACUCUUGGUGGCUGCCUCACAUUGUCUUUACUUCUCUCGUUUUUGGGACCGGCUUGAUGUGGAUUACCAUCCAAGGAUCGUUGAAAAGCAUCGUGUUUUCCGCCCCUCCAUACAACUUCAACCCGCAGCAGCUUGGGUACCUGUUUGUGGCGUCAUUUGUUGGCUCUUUAUUUGGCAACCUAUACGGCGGAUACUUCGUUGAUUGGAUCGUCGUGUGGUUAACAAAAAGGAACGGAGGCUUAUACGAGCCAGAAAUGCGCUUAUACCCGCUUCCUUUACCGGCCCUUGGGAUGUCGGCCGGUUUGGUCGUUUUCGGCGUUACAGCUGAUCGCGGCCUGCAUUGGAUUUUCCCCAGUAUCGGAAGUGCCUUGAUGUCAUUCGGCUUUGGCGGCAUGGCAAGCAUAUCCUUUACCCUCGUGGUAGAUGCCUAUCCCAACAUUAUUGCCCAAGGAUUUGUGGUCGUCGCCUUUUUCCGAAACGUGCUCGGCGUGAUCGGCCCUGCUGCCACCAACCCCUGGGUCAAGGGAAUGGGCCUCAGCGGCUUGUUCAUUACCGCCGCGUUUAUAAAUUUGGCAAUUAAUCUUUUGGGCGUGCCUCUUUUGAUAUGGGGAAAGAGGCUGAGGACCAAGACUGCGAGUCGGUAUUAUCGCUUGUCAAAGCAGAGCUAG